GCGCGUUGUAAACAAAUAAAGGCGUCGCAGCCGGAUUCUCGCUCGGGCUGUAACAGCGCGGUCGGUGAGCGUUUUUUCCUCGGCUUCAUUUCCGGGAGGGCCCAAGACGAGAGAGACGGAUCUCUCCUCCCGAGAGUCUCGGCGCGCGCGUUUCUCUCCUGUUUCCUGACUCGAGAGCUGUGAUUAGGCAUUCCGGAACUCUCGUUGUCAGCCGUGUCUGCCGGACGAACAGUAUUGGUAAAUCGCAGUUGACGGACCACCCCACCCGCAGGUCGCACGAUGAGAAUGCGAGCGACCACUGGCGAUACGAGGCGCUCUCUCGUACGCGACUGCCUACAUGGGUAACCUGUCAAAUUUUCUCCGAAAUUCUCCGGUGUGACCCGUCCAUGCGGGCGUUAAUCGCGCGCCUGGCUGCUCCCGCGAUCGAAUUCGAAGACGUUGCGCUAAGCACUUCCCGGGAUUUCGUUCCGCAGAGAUUAUUCUCGAGAUAUUGUAUGUCACGUGUCGCCAUGUCAUCCAUAUGACACUGGGUGCUCGUCUUGGUGGCUUUGUAAAAUAUUCAAGUAGAACGAAAGUUCACGCACGAUAUGGGAUUUCGAGCUCUACGUGCGAACCUUUGUUAGAGAAGCGCUAUGCCUUGAUUAGAAUAUGGUAUUAAGUUUUCGAGUGUCUGAGCUUCAGAUGCUUCUUGGUUUUGCUGGUAGAAAUAAAUCUGGUAGAAAGAACGAGUUGCAAGCACGAGCAUUGGAAUUAUUACGCUUGAGAUCACAUCCAGCUAUACGCUUAAAGAUUCGUGAAUUGUAUAAGACAAUACAAGCAGAUCAAAUGGCAGCGCAUCAAAUGUAUGGCCAAACUGGCAGUACCUCCGAGCCACAAAUCGAUCAAAAUAUGCACAAUAGAAAUUAUUAUUCCACAAGACAAGCAAUUAGUCAACAACAACAGCAACAAGCAUCCAUUUCUGCUGGGAAGGAACUGACUCCAGCGCAUCAAGCAUCUAUACCUCAACAACCUAGGGCCAAACAACUAGUUGGUCCGACAACUGGUGCGCAACUAUGGGAUACUAGUGUAGCAUCACAGCGUACAGCAAGUGCAGCAUAUAAUCCAUAUCAGUAUCAAACCAAAGUCUUACCAACACCAUUGCAUAUACAACCUACGAGUCAAUACCCGAUUCACCCAGAUGUUAGACUAAAGAGACUUCCAUUUUUUGACUUAUUAAGUGAAUUAUUGAAACCUUCUAGUUUAAUGCCACAGGGAACAAUGAGAUUGCAAGAAAACACAUUUUUAUUUCAUUUAACUCCACAACAAGCCACUGAUAUUGCCAGUUCACGCGACUGUCGAGCUGGAAGUAAAAUGGAUUAUGUUGUACAGGUACAAAUGCGAUUCUGUUUACAAGAAACGUCAUGCGAACAAGAAGACUAUUUUCCUCCAAAUAUUGGAGUGAAAGUUAAUGGAAAACUGUGCCCCUUACCUAAUCCUAUACCUACUAAUAAACCAAGCGUAGAACCAAAGAGACCACCACGACCUGUUAAUAUCAGUCCUUUGGUGAAGCUGUCUCCUACGGUCGGAAAUGAAAUCCGUGUUACAUGGUCAGCUGAUUAUGGUAGACGAUAUGCAAUGGCGGUGUAUCUCGUCAGAAAAUUAACCAGCGCAGAAUUACUCACUAGAUUAAAAAACAGAGGCCCAAGACAAUCUGAUUAUACUAGGGGAUUAAUUAAGGAGAAAUUAAAUGAAGAUGCAGAUAGCGAAAUAGCUACCACGUCAUUAAGAGUAUCGUUAGCUUGUCCUUUAGGAAAGAUGAGAAUGUCUACGCCAUGUCGAGCAUCAACAUGUUUUCAUUUACAAUGUUUCGAUGCUUCUUUGUUCCUACAAAUGAACGAACGGAAACCUACUUGGAACUGUCCAGUUUGUGAUAAGCCGGCGCUCUAUGAUCAUCUUGUGAUCGAUGGAUACUUCCAAGAAGUUCUUAACUCAAAUAAGUUACUGCCGGAUGUAAAUGAGAUUCAGUUGUUGCAAGACGGUUCGUGGGAAAACUUAGUAUUGAAGAAAGAGAAAGAUAAAGAGAAAACGGAAACAAAAGCGCCGGGAGACGGCGCCUCGUCACGAGAAAAUAAAAUUGAUGUAGACACUGUGGAUCUAGAUGAAAGUAAUCCUACUACUCCUGCACCAAAAGAAAAGAAACGCGCUGUCAUUAUUGAUUUGAUAUCGGAUAGCGAGGAUGAUGAUGAAGAUAACACGCCGACUCAAAGUACAAAGAAACCAGCAAGUGGUAUUUCGUCGCCUAAGAAACCGCAAACAAGUUCUAUUAGUAGUACGAGUGAAUCACCAGAAUACAUGAUAAUUGAUUUAGAAUAAAGAAUUGUGUGAUAAAAAAAUUACAUAUACUCUAUACAGAGUUUUUUCAAAAUUAUUUCCUUUGUAAGGAUGCAUUUUUCUUUCUUAUUUACUAAACUCAAUCGGAGAUGACAUUUCAUGCAUCACUUUAUUUUUAUUAUAAUUGUUCUUGUGAAGGAGUUUAAAUUAGACUUUUAUUUCUAAUAACUUUGAUAUAACAUUGCAUAUAUAAUAAUAAAUAUAAAUACAAUUUAUGUUUCGUCCAAUCUCACUUUCGGUGAACUGAAUAUAAUGUUAGUCGAUUCUGAUUUUACUACAAUGAAUAUACAGUAAAUAUAUUUUUUACUUUGAAAUUGAUCGUAUAAAUGUGAUAUAAAUGAGAAUAAAGUUAUCUUUGUUUUUUAUUAAACAUGAUAAAAUUUCUUAUAA